AACAACAUAAUUCUCCUGGCAAUUCCUCAUGAGAGCCUAACAAGCAAUUUAAAAACUAGCCCUUGUGCAAUUAAUUAACGUGCCAAUUAAUGCAACAUAUAAAACGACUAUCAUAUGCCACACAAAUUGGGCGACUAAAAUUCCCAAAUUACUGGAAAAUAUGUGCAUUUUCCCGUUUCUUGCAUCUUGAUUCCUACUAUAACACUGAUGCUUCUGAGCUAAUCUUUUCGUACAAUCGUACCAUAGAAAAUCACAUCAAUUCAGGGUCUUUAGCCUUUGCCCACCAACUGUUCGAUGAAAUGUCUCUUCGAGAUGCCGUUUCUUGGAAUUUACUAAUUUCUGGGUACAAACGUUAUAGAAUUCCGGACAAAGCGUUAGAAUUAUAUACUGAAAUGGUAUCUCAAGGUUUCAGAGAAAACCCAUCAACGUUUUCCUCUGUUAUGAGCAUUUGUAGCAAUGGUGGAUUUCUUUUUGAGGGGGUUCAAGUACAUUGCAGAGUGAUUUCACUUGGGUUUUGCCGAAAUAUGUAUAUUGGGUGUUCCAUUGUGGAUCUUUAUAUGCAAAUGGGGUAUGUUGAUGAUGGGUUGAAAGCUUUGGAUGAAAUGCCUGAAAGAAAUGUUGCUGCUUGGAAUUCGGUUUUUCGUGGAUUUUGUGUAUUGGGUUUGUGGGAUGAGAUCAUAAGACAGUUUCCUAGAGUGAAAGGUGAUGGAGUUGAAUUGAAUGAACUUAUGGUUUGUUAUAUGCUUCAGGGUUGUUGUAAUGGGAACUUUGUUAGUCAGGGACAACAGUUGCAUUGUCAUGCUUUCAAGGCUGGAUUGGUUGAAUCAAAUCGUUUCGUUGCUAACGCUUUGGUGGAUUUUUACUCUGCUUGUGGAACUCUGAGUGAUGCUCAGAAAUCAUUUGAAGUUAUUCCUCAAGAUGCUGUGAUCUCAUGGAAUUCAAUUGUUUCUGCAUAUGCUAAUAAUGGGAUGUUGUUUGAUGCACUUGAGUGUUUUGAGGCAAUGCAAUAUUGGAGUAUGAAACCAUCUGUCCGUUCACUUGUUGCGUUAAUGAAUUCAUGCAGCAGAAGGGAGAAUCUUUCAUUGGGAAGACAGUUGCAUUGUUUUGUCCUGAAACUUGGUUUUGAUCGUGGAAGCAUCCAUGUUGUCUCUGCUCUGAUUGAUAUGUAUGGGAAAUGCUAUGAGAUGGGGACUUCGUUUAAUGUAUAUGAGGAGUGCCAUUAUAAAACUAUGGAGUGUUGCAAUACUCUUUUGACAUCUAUGUUACAUUGUACUUAUACUGAAGAGGUGGUUGAGUUGUUUAGAUUCAUGGUUGAUGAGGUAAUUGAAUUUAAUGAAUUCUCCUUGUCCACUACACUGAAAGCAUUAUCAGGAUCUUCCUUUGCGGGCUUAGCAAGCUGCCAAUUGAUUCAUUCUCUUGCUAUUAAACAUGGAUUUGAAUCUCAUAUCGUAGUCUCAUGUUCACUAAUUGAUAUAUAUUCAAAAUUUGGUCAGGUUGAUGAUUCAAACUGUGUUUUUGAAGGUUUACUUUCACACAGUGUUUUCUCCUUUACAUCAAUUAUAAACGGGUAUGCCCGGAAUGGCUUAGGAAGAGAAUGCCUGAAAUUACUCGAAGUUAUGCUUCAGAAGGGUUUAAAACCAGAUAGAGUGACAUUCUUGUGUGUCUUGACAGGGUGUAAUCAUUCGGGUUUAGUAGAGGAAGGAAGAAAAGUUUUUGAGUCCAUGAAUACACUUUAUGAUAUUGAACCAGAUCAGAGGCAUUAUUCAUGCAUGGUUGAUCUCUUAGGUCGUGCAGGGUUGGUAUAUGAAGCUGAAGAGUUGUUGAAGCUAUCAUAUGUAAAAGAUAAUUCUUUCAUGUGGAGCUCACUGCUGAGAAGUUGUAGGAUACACAAGAAUGACGUUGUUGGACAAAGAGUAGCGAAACGCUUGAUGGAGCUUGAACCGGGAAAUUCUGGAGUGUAUAUGCAAGUUUCGAACUUUUAUCUUGAAGUUGGAAAUUCUGAAAUGUCCAUGCAUUACAAAGAAAUUGGGAAGGCAAGACAAUUGGUUAGGGAGAUGGGCCGCAGCUUCAUCGUCUGAAUUGUGCUUAUUGAUCACGGCUCAUGGGACUGCGGAAUAUGAGCUACAGGACAACAUUGCUGUGUUUGCAGAACUCGAAAGCUUCGACAUAUAUGAAGAAAUAGAAGAUGAAGUAGAAGCUUUUGGAAUGCCUUCAUGGACUAGUUC